GAGACCUGCUGCGUUGAACAGACGAUCCUUCAGCAGACAUCUCUCCAGCAGUACCAAGUGGAAGAUGGACCGAACAGCCACUGUAACCAUCCUCAUCCUCCUCCUGUGUGCCAUUGCUGCACAGGGUGUUCGGAUUCCAGGAGCACAAAGCCAGUGCAAAUGCAUUGGGACGACCUCCAAAUUUAUUAAUCCGAAGAUCAUCAGGAGCUUGAAAUACAUUCCCAGUGGGUCGUCCUGUGAGAGAGCAGAGAUAAUUGUCACCCUGAAAAAUGAGAAGAAAGUGUGUGUGGAUCCUGAUGCCAAGUGGUUGCAGGCUCUUAUAACAGCCAUGAAAGGUGGGAAACAACAUAAAUCAAAAAAACUGAAGCUGUAAAAUGAGGGAAUCAAUUCCAUCUCUGGAUUAUCCGACGGGGAAUGAUGGAAACUCAGCCCCGGGUGUUAACUCUGUGAUGUCACCAUCCAGUGGUUCGUUCCAGUGUCUCCUCUUCAUUGUCGUCUGAGAGUGAUCUUGGAGUUCCUCCCUGUCACAUGACAUGUCUAAAGCCUGCUGUGCUAUCUGUUUAUAUUUGAUGAUUCCAUCUGACCUUUGUAUUAAGCUUUGUGCAAAUGCAAUGUUCUUUUGUGCCAUUUAUGAUAAUUAAAAUAAAUUCUGUGAUCUGUAAAAGUGUAAAUGAGUCCAGAGUCAUUUGCUAAGACUUAAUUUUAGCUGUGAGGUUGGGAGAUGGUGGUGAUGAAAAAAUAAAUCUGUUGAUUAAUUUCCAAGAUGACAGUGCUAAAAUGAUCUCAGGCCACAAGGAAGCCAGUGUUGGGGUGCUGGACUGUGCUCUCUCCCAUCUCUGAAAUUAAAGCAGGAGGACACAUGGGAUUGUUUGGAAUGAUUCCUACUCCAACCUUCCCUUUCCUGUUUAAGUGCUUCACCUUCCCCUUUCCUGCUUAAAUACUGUUCAGGAUCAGUGGUAUACUGGAUGAAAAUACUUUUGACCAAAUGUGUUUGCUCUAAUUUGAGUGAAGCAUUCUUAUGUUGAAAUAUCAGAACAAAUGCUUGAAAAUCACUUUGUGCUUUUUUACUGCAAUACUGUUCACCAUGUUAGAUUUUAGGAUCUAUCCAAAAUGUGUUGAAGUAAACGCUCCACAGACGUAAUUUUAAUGUGAAAUACCUACAUUUUAGUACUGGUAAUAGACUGAUAAUCACUGGAAGAAAUGAGACUUUUAAAUGAGAAUAUAGUCUAUAGAGUCAGUAAAAGCCCUUCGGGUGAAUUAUUUCUAUCACCAUAUAGACCUUAUGGCCUUAUGUUCUAUGUGGUUAUAGAAAUAUUUUGUUUUGA